CAAAAGGUCGGCACGUUGAGGAAGAACUGGUUUUUACUCACCUACUUGGAGAAUCGGACCCGGUUUUUGCUAUAUAUGGGAUACACAAGUAUAAGAAACCCGAAUGGCCUGCCCUUUUUCAGUAUUGAACACUAGUCGACAGAAGCAGGAUAGAAAAUGAAGCCGUCCACCUAUUGUGUGGUUCAUUUGUUUGUCAUAGCCUUCGUUUUAUCUGGAAUCAGCGGUCUGCCACAAUCUCCCGUGAUAAACGAUGAUCUAAUCUCCGUUGGUGAAUCUGACUCUGUCGUCGAAAGACAGAUAAUUCCAAUGCUGUCCAAUAUGAGUCGAGGAUCAGCGUCAGCUGAUUCUAAUAUUGCGGAAGAAUAUUGGUCAUCGGGUCUCUCAGCCACGGCCAACGUCAAACGUUUCAAAGCGAUAAGAGCCGGCCUGCUAUUGAAUUUGAAUGAGAGCGUCCGAGACUUGACGAACUCUAUCAAGAAAAACGACUUUAAGGAAGCAGAAUAUUACCUGAGAAAGAUGAAUGACAAGUGGAACAGGAUUGAGAGCCUUCAAAAAACCAUUAUUCAAUUAAUUCCAGAUGAUGACCUCGAAAUGUUGGUAGAAGAAUCGAAAUUAUUCGAAGAUAAUCGCGAUGUUGUUGAUCGUCAACGUGAAAUCGCAACCAACCUCCUGCUAAAAACAGUUCGUUAAGAAUUUUCAGAGAUGUUUACCUACCACUUUUAAUUUAUAAUCACAUAAUUCAUUUUAUUGUUGAUAAAGAAACACAGAAGCAAAUACAUAUGUUACAUUACGCAGUUCUAAUAAACCGUUUUGUCACGAA